AUGGGGAAGAAGGCGUCAAUACAAAUGACAUUAAAAAAAAUAUGGGCAGAAGUGAAAUUAGAUAAACUUACUGUGUUAAGGAUGGCUGUUCAGCACAUGAAAACGUUACGAGGUGCCACUAAUCCAUACACAGAAGCAAACCACAAGCCAACUUUUCUGUCAGAUGAUGAAUUGAAACACCUCAUUCUCAGGGCAGCAGAUGGAUUUUUGUUUGUCGUACGAUGUGACCGAGGGAAGAUACUCUUUGUCUCAGAGUCCGUCUUCAAGAUUCUCAACUACAGCCAGAAUGAUCUGAUUGGUCAGAGUUUGUUUGACUACCUGCAUCCUAAAGAUAUCGCCAAAGUUAAGGAGCAGCUCUCCUCUUCGGACACCGCGCCCCGGGAGCGGCUCAUAGAUGCAAAAACUGGACUUCCAGUUAAAACAGAUAUAACCCCUGGGCCAUCUUGAUUAUGUUCUGGAGCACGACGUUCUUUCUUCUGUAGGAUGAAGUGUAACAGGCCUUCAGUAAAGGUGGAAGACAAGGACUUCCCCUCCACCUGCUCAAAGAAAAAAGUAGAUCGAAAAAGCUUCUGCACAAUCCACAACGGCUAUUUGAAAAUCUGGCCCCCCACAAAGAUGGGGCUGGACGAAGACAAUGAACCAGACAACGAGGGGUGCAACCUCAGCUGCCUUGUCGCCAUCGGACGGCAGCACUCUCACGUGGUCCCACAACCCGUGAACGGGGAAAUCAGGGUGAAAGCUAUGGAGUAUGUUUCUCGGCACGCAAUAGAUGGAAAGUUUGUUUUUAAAGAUGGUUCUUUCAUCACACUACGAAGUCGAUGGUUCAGUUUCAUGAACCCUUGGACCACGGAAGUAGAAUACAUUGUCUCAACCAACACUGUUGUUUUAGCCAACGUCCUGGAAGGUGGGGACCCAACCUUCCCGCAGCUCACAGCGUCCCCCCACAGCAUGGAAAGCAUGCUGCCCUCUGGAGAAGGUGGCCCAAAGAGGACCCAUCCCACUGUUCCGGGGAUUCCAGGGGGAACCAGGGCUGGGGCAGGAAAAAUAGGUUGAAUGAUUGCUGAAGAAAUCAUGGAAAUCCACAGGAUCAGAGGGUCGUCACCUUCCAGCUGUGGCUCUAGCCCACUGAACCUCACAAGUAUGCCUCCCCCUGAUGCCUCCUCUCCAGGAGGCAAGAAGAUUUUAAAUGGAGGGACUCCAGACAUUCCUUCCAGUGGCCUACUACCAGGGCAGGUGCAGGAGAACCCAGGUUAUCCAUAUUCUGAUAGUUCUUCUUCUAUUCUUGGUGAGAAUCCCCACAUAGGCAUAAACAUGAUAGACAAUGACCAAGGAUCAAGUAGUCCCAGUAACGACGAGGCAGCAAUGGCUGUCAUCAUGAUUGCUGAUCAUCUGGGUUGUGACCCUCAAACUCGGUUCUUUGUCCCACCUAAUAUCAAACAGUGGAUUGCCUUGCUGCAGAGGGGGAAUUGCACAUUUAAAGAGAAAAUAUCACGGGCUGCUUUCCACAAUGCAGUUGCUGUAGUCAUCUACAAUAACAAAUCCAAGGAGGAGCCAGUCACAAUGACUCAUCCAGGCACUGGAGAUAUUAUUGCUGUCAUGAUAACGGAAUUGAGGGGCAAGGACAUUUUGGGUUAUCUGGAGAAAAACAUCUCUGUGCAGAUGACAAUAGCUGUUGGAACUCGAAUGCCACCCAAGAACUUCAGCCGUGGCUCUCUCGUCUUCGUGUCAAUAUCCUUUAUUGUUCUGAUGAUUAUUUCUUCAGCAUGGCUGAUAUUCUACUUCAUUCAGAAGAUCAGGUACACGAAUGCACGCGACAGGAACCAGCGUCGCCUUGGAGAUGCAGCCAAGAAAGCCAUCAGUAAAUUGACAACCAGAACAGUAAAAAAAGGUGAUAAGGAAACAGACCCAGACUUCGAUCACUGUGCAGUCUGCAUAGAGAGCUAUAAACAGAACGAUGUUGUUCGAAUUCUCCCCUGCAAGCAUGUCUUUCACAAGUCUUGUGUGGAUCCCUGGCUUAGUGAACACUGUACCUGUCCUAUGUGCAAACUUAAUAUUUUGAAGGCCCUGGGAAUUGUGCCAAAUCUGCCAUGUACUGAGCACGUAACAUUUGAUAUGGAAAGACUCACCAGAACCCAAGCGGUUAACCGAAGAUCAGCCCUAGGUGACCUUGCUGGAGACAACGCCCUUGGGCUUGAGCCACUUCGAACUUCUGGGAUCUCACCUCUUCCUCAGGAUGGGGAGCUCACCCCCAGAGCGGGAGAAAUCAACAUUGCAGUAACAAAAGAAUGGUUUAUUAUUGCCAGUUUUGGCCUCCUCAGUGCUCUCACACUCUGCUACAUGAUCAUCAGAGCCACAGCUAGCUUGAAUGCUAAUGAGGUAGAAUGGUUUUGAAGAAGAAAAAACUGCUUUCUGACUGAUUGCCUUGAGGAAAAAAGAACCUAUUUUUGUGCAUCAUUUACCAAUCAUGCCACACAAGCGUUUAUUUUUAGUACAUUUUAUUUUUUCAUAAAAUUGCUAAUGCCAAAGCUUUGUAUUAAAAUAAAUAAAUAAUAAAAUAAAAA